UUAAGCACGACAAAUUAUGGAGCAGUUGAAACAACUUCAUUUUACACCCGAAACACCUUUUGGGUUACCUCUUUAUCCUUACUUUGAAAAGGCUUUCGAGGCAGUCACUGGUACAGCUGCUAGUAAGUUUGACUAUGUUCCUCAAGUCACUCCCCUCUCCACCGUCAAUGAAGUCACCAUGACAUGUGUGACCUACUUCAUCGUCAUCUUUGGUGGUCGUUACCUCAUGAAGAAUGUGCCCGCUUUCAAGCUCCAGAUUCCCUUCAUGAUUCACAACUUUUUGUUGACCGCUGUUUCCUUCCUUCUUCUCGUCUUGAUGGUCGAGCAAAUCUUUCCCAUCUUUUACCACAAUGGUGUCAUGGCCGCUAUCUGUGCUGACGCUACUUGGACUCAACCUUUAGAAUUGCUUUAUUACCUUAAUUACCUCGUAAAGUAUUGGGAGCUUAUUGACACCAUCUUUUUAGUCCUCAAGAAGAAGAACCUUGAAUUCCUCCAUUAUUACCAUCACUCUUUGACUAUGGUGCUCUGUUUCACUCAGCUCAACGGCCGAACCUCCGUGGUAAGUUUAGAUUUUAGGAUAGCAUCAUUUUCACAUGGGAAUAAGUGGGUGGUGGUACUAAAAAAAAUUUACAUUAUAUAGUCUUGGGUACCUAUCACCUUGAAUUUGACUGUCCACGUCUUCAUGUACUAUUACUAUUUCCGUACUGCAGCUGGUGCCAAGAUUUGGUGGAAAAAGUACUUGACCACACUUCAAAUCACUCAAUUCAUCAUUGACCUUGUUGUCAUCUAUUUCUGUACUUAUACCUAUUUCACUUUUACUUACUGGCCUCAUCUUCCCAAUAUGGGAAGCUGUGCUGGUACAGAAACCUCUGCUCUCUUCGGCUGUCUUUUAUUGUCUUCUUAUUUGGUCUUAUUCAUCAACUUUUAUCGUAUCACCUAUCAAGCUAAGAAGGCCGCUGCUCGCAAGCAAAAGGAGGAUCAAAAAAUUAGACCCAAAACCAAGAAGAUUUAAAUAAUUUUUGUUCUUUUUUAAUACUUAUUACCAUAAACACACACACUUUUUUCUUAAUAUAUACAUUUUUUUAUUUUUUAUUAUUAUUAUUUUUUUUUUUUAUUGUUAUCACUUAAAA